UUCAAUCGGAGGGCGACUCUGAAGACCUAGCAACAAAAACAAGAUGCUGCCCCUUUAAGCCUCAGAGGGAGGGCCCAGGGCUUUGUUGGAUGACAUCACUGGGUUGGGCCGAGAGACUCAAUGGAAACUCAAUGGGCGAGAGUCGCGGCUGUAUACACACCGAGAGAGGCUGAAGGGGAAGGAGGGAGGCAGCUGAGCAGACAGAGCACGGAGGAGGAGGAGGAAGCAGCAGCAACAGCAACAGCGCUACGGCGACCAGCCGCCUUUCCCAAUCCUCCGUCAUCCUUCCUUCCCCAGCGUUUUUCCUCCCUGACAGCCCCAGGAGCAGUAGCGGCAGACAGGCUCCUUCCAGGCAGGAGCAACUGAAUCAUGGAGCUUCGAGUGGGGAACAAGUAUCGGCUGGGGCGAAAAAUCGGCAGUGGAUCGUUUGGAGAUAUUUAUUUGGGUGCCAAUAUUGCCACAGGGGAAGAGGUAGCCAUUAAGUUGGAAUGUGUGAAAACGAAGCACCCGCAGCUCCACAUCGAAAGCAAAUUUUACAAGAUGAUGCAGGGAGGAGUGGGUAUCCCUUCCAUUAAGUGGUGUGGAGCAGAGGGCGACUAUAACGUGAUGGUGAUGGAACUUCUGGGACCCAGCCUGGAGGACCUCUUCAACUUCUGCUCUCGCAAGUUCAGCCUCAAGACUGUUCUGCUCUUGGCAGAUCAGAUGAUCAGCCGUAUUGAGUACAUUCAUUCCAAGAAUUUCAUCCACCGAGAUGUGAAGCCAGAUAACUUUCUUAUGGGGCUUGGCAAGAAGGGCAACCUUGUGUACAUCAUUGACUUCGGCCUGGCCAAGAAGUACCGAGAUGCCCGCACUCAUCAACACAUCCCCUACCGGGAAAAUAAAAAUCUGACCGGCACAGCCCGCUAUGCCUCUAUAAACACUCAUCUUGGGAUUGAACAAAGUCGCCGUGAUGACUUGGAGAGCUUGGGCUACGUGCUGAUGUACUUCAACCUUGGAUCACUGCCUUGGCAAGGCCUGAAGGCUGCCACAAAGCGCCAGAAAUACGAGCGCAUCAGUGAGAAGAAGAUGUCGACGCCCAUCGAGGUGCUCUGCAAAGGUUAUCCUUCUGAGUUCUCUACAUACCUCAACUUCUGCCGUUCAUUGCGGUUCGAUGACAAACCGGACUACUCUUAUCUGAGGCAGCUGUUCCGCAACCUGUUCCAUCGCCAGGGCUUCUCCUAUGACUACGUGUUUGACUGGAACAUGCUCAAGUUUGGGGCAGCCCGGAAUCCUGAGGACAUGGAUCGAGAGAGGCGAGAACAUGAGCGAGAGGAGAGGAUGGGACAGCUCCGGGGUUCUGCUACGCGGGCACUGCCUCCUGGGCCUCCUGCCGGAGCAACAGCUAACCGCCUCCGCAAUGUCGCUGAGCCCAUGGCCUCCACACCCACCUCCCGCAUUCAGCAGUCUGGAAACACGUCCCCCAGGGCAAUUUCACGGGUGGACAGGGAGCGGAAGGUCAGUAUGAGGUUACACCGAGGAGCCCCUGCAAACAUCUCCUCAUCUGACCUCACAGGGCGGCAAGAGGUGUCACGGAUUUCAGCAUCACAGACAAGUGUGCCAUUUGAUCACCUGGGGAAGUGAAGAGAGGAUUCCACCGGACCAGUGUUUGCUUAGUGUCUUCACUGUAUUUUCUUUUAAAAAACAAAAUAACAAAAACAAAUUAAAAAAGAAAAAAAAGAAAGAAAAAACCCAAUUUUUUUUCCCGCCAGCAGCAAGGAGAGGAGCUGCCCUGUGCUGGUGUCCAUGUCUUUUCUGAGAUCGCUGCCUGCGUUCCCGAGCCCAACUGCCUUGGACAAGCCACCGAUGCAGGAGCCUUGCGGAAACACCUCUGCUGCUAUCGUGCAGCUUCGUCUCCAUAGGCCUUGCCCCAUUUCACGCCAGCAGGCCAUGGCCAGCCACCCCAGCUUCUCACUCCCUUUUUGAUCUGUUUGUAUCAUUCAGAAAAAAACACAUCAAAUCCCUGACUUAAUUUUUUAAAAGUUCAGUUUCUGUAAGAUGAAAUUGUUUCCAACAUAAUUUUAAAUUCCUUUGGGAUUAGUUUUUUGGGGUGGGGAGGGAGAGGAGGAGGUUUACAGCAGACUUUAAAAAUUCCAGGCCUGAGGUAGUGUGAAUAGCUGGCCUAACAUUCGUUUUAAAGUGGGCUGCAGUUAUAAGCUGGUGCUGCCUUGGGGGGCCAGGGGCAAUGGCAGAAGAAGCCUUCUAUUUGUAUUCAGGCCUUCUUUCCGUAGGGGACACCGCUGCCCCCCUCUGCAUUCAAGUUGGGAGAUGCCGUGGGCGAAUACUAUUAAGGUGAACAAUACUGGCACAGCGACAGUUGUGUGUGAAGGGUGUGCGUAUGGGUGGAGAUGUGUGCUGGCAAGACAGCAGCAAAUGUGAAGGACAUGGAAAUGUAGCGUGCCUCGCAUGUAGGCGGUGGGGAUCUCUCUUUUUUUAAAGAAGCAAAAACAAAACUGUUUGCGUGUGUUUAGUUUAUAUUUUUAAUUAUUUUUUUAACUUCCUGAGGAGCUGGGGGAGGAGGGUGUUGAGGAAAAGGGAGAUAUAUAUAAAGGUGACAGUGAGGGGAGAGUCCCUGGUUUUUAUUGUUGCACCCUGUAUCACCAAUUUUUAAAAGGACAACCCAGCACAACCUCCCCUCACUAAAAAGGUUUCUUCCACCUUCCUUUUUCACCCCAUUAUUAUUUUUAAAACUUCAGGUUUUCCUCAAGAAACCAAUCCAUCCUGGAUUUUCCAUUGCAGCAAUUGUCACUGUGCCCUCCAGCCUCUUGCUUGGCACACUUUUUAUGUUUUUUUAAAACUUUGGACAGUGUGGAACAAGUGGAAGCAGGCGGGGCUUGGCAUAUUUUGUUCUUUUUAUUCUUUCUAUUUAACACACAGUUCUUUUAUUUUCCCCCUAAUUUAUUUCCCCUGCUUACUGUGUCUUUUGUUCUCUCUCUCUCUCUCUCUCUCUCUCUCUCUCUCUCCCUCCCUCUCUCUCUCUCUCUCUCUCUCUCUCCUUUUUUUAAUUAAAGUAAAAAAACCUUUUUAUUACUUUAAAAAAAACAAAAACAAAAAACCUUGAAGAACUUUGGGGGGGAAUUUUGUACUUUUUUCCUGUGUAAAUAUUGGACUUUUUUGAGCUUUAUCGUGGUUGUUAAUUUGAAGUAAUAAAGUAGAAAAUGAUAAA